AUGGAUACAUAUUUUCCUCAGUCUCUAAAGGAUUUCAAGGAGAAUGAAUUCUUUCAACUCAAACACGGUAAUAUGUCCCCGACUGAUUAUGAGCGAAAAUUUAACCAACUCUCAAGGUAUGCUCCACACCCUGUGGACAUCAAAAUUAAGAAGACUCGAAGAUUUGAGCAAGGGUUAAACCCAAACCUAAGUAUGAUUCUUAUAUCACAUCAUUUGCUGGAACGAACUCAUGCUAUUGGUAUCAGAAGGAAAAUGCAGAGCAACACCAUCAAUUGUACAAUCAGUAAGACAAAGGACAGGUUGGAAAGAGAAAAUGGAAUGAAGAAGGUUAAUAACAAUGAUCAGAACAAGAAGGGAAAAGCACGAGUGUUUACAAUGAAUCAGAAAGAUGCAGAGGAGAACUCAAAUGUGAUAGCAGGUAUAUUACUGAUAUCUGAUACACCUGCUUAUGUACUGUUUGAUUCAGGAGCUACUCAUUCUUUUAUAUCAACAUCUUUCAUUGCUAAAUCUAGUAUUAAUUGUGAUAAGUCAAAGAGUACAUUAGAAGUUAGCAUUUCCUCAGGCAGAACAUUGAACAUAGAUCAGUUCGCUAGAUUGGUGAAUCUUAAAAUUGAGGGAAAAACAUUUGAAGCAAAUUUGUAUAUGAUAGAGAUGAAAGAUCUUGAUGUGAUUUUGGGCAUGAAUUGGUUAGGAUAUAAUUAUGCAACCAUUCGUUGA